CACAUCGAAACCAGGAGAUCAGUUGGGUAGCUGGAUUCGCAGAGUGCCAAAAUGAAGAUUGCCAUUAUUGCCUUAGUUUGUGCCCUGGGCGCUUUUGCCGCAGGGGAAACUCUUGAGGAGUUUGGAUACGACUGGGACAACAUCAAGCCGGCAAUUCUGGUGAAAGAGCCCAUUGGCCCAAUCCCAGAAAUUCCUCAAUCUGGAAGCCGAAUCAUUGGCGGAUCCGUAGCUGCCCGAGGCGCUUUUCCCUACCAGGCUGCUCUGAUCAUCAACGGCAACAGUUUCUGCGGAGGCUCCAUCAUCAGUAACCAAUGGGUUCUCACUGCUGCUCACUGUGUGGACACAGCCACAAGUGUGCAAUUGAUUUUGGGCGCCCACAACCCCAGAACCACCGUAAACGAACCCACUCAAGUGCGCCUGGCUUCAGAUGGGCGUGUGGUGCACGCAGAUUGGAACCGCAAUACUCUACAGUAUGAUAUUGCGCUUCUGAGGGCUGCCGGGAUCCCCGUCGGUGCAGCUGGUAUUUCCGCCGUUGCUCUGGCUCCUGCCAGUUCUGGAACUUUUGCUGGAUCGACCGCCGUUCUGUCUGGAUGGGGUAGAACCAGCGAUCUGAGCAAUUCCAUUGCCGAUGAGUUGAACACUGUGCAAUUGCAAAUUUUGAGCAACGCCGUCUGCCAGAACACCUUUGGAAGCUCCAUUGCCGACCAACACAUCUGCACGUCUGGAUCUGGUCGUGUUGGAGCCUGCAAUGGAGACUCUGGUGGUCCUUUGGUGGUCAACGGUGUUGAAGUGGGAGUGGUUUCCUUUGGAUCGGUGCUGUGCUCCGUCGGUCUCCCCACUGCUUAUGCCAGAGUUUCCUACUUCAGAAACUGGAUCACUUCCAACUCUGGAGUAUAAGUUUGCCCCAAUCGCAACCCAGACAUCUUCAAGUUAUAUGGUUAUAUUGAUUAAAGAUUUUUGAAGGAG